AGAACGCCUUCAAACAAAUGGAGAAAAAUUGGAUCUAAUACCCCAUAAUCUGUUCCGAAAAUUUAUAGCGUAUUCUCAAAAAUAUGUUAAGUCUCACUUAUCGGAUGAAGCUAAAACUCUCUUGAAGGCGUUUUAUUUAACAUUGAGAAAACAAUUCCAGACUGGGGACUGCACACCAGUUACCACAAGACAGCUGAAUUCCCUGAUCAGAUUGACACAGGCAAGAGCCAAAGCUGAAUUAAGAGAAGAAGCUACCAAGGAAGACGCCGAAGACGUGAUUGAAAUAAUGAAAUUCAGCCUAAUAGAUAUUUUUACAGACAGUUCUGGAAUAUUAGACAAAACUAGAUCGCAAAACGGUACCGGAACUAGCACAAAGAGUCAGAUUACGAAGUUACUGAGGUUAAUUCAGCGAAAGUCUGAUACAGAAUCAAAAGCUUUAUUUUCCACCAAUGAACUGAAAGAAAUGGGCGAAAUGGUAGGAAUUGGAAAAAACAAUUUUUUUACAGUUCUACAGAAUCUCAAUAUUCAAGGUUUCUUGUUGAAUAAAGGUCAAAAUCGAUACCAACUUGUAACAGCUGAUGUGUGAUGAUUCGUUUAUACUAUUUGAGUUUUUAAAAAAAUUAAUACUGUUAUGAAUAUAAGUGUUGUAUUCUGAAUUGAAGUGAAAUUUUGUACUGAUAUAAGGUAAGAGAAAAAUAAAUACUAUGUAAAAUUCGUAAA